AAGAAAUCUGAUUCAGUAAGUUUGUAUGUAAGUCGGCUGUGUAGGUGCACGGCUGUGUAGGUGUAAAGACACCGUGCAUUCCCUAACACGAUAAUCUUACACACACCCAUGGACUAGUGUUACUCAAUCUGUCUGCAUGCAUAUCUGUUUGGCUUUCCCUGUGCAGUAGAAUCAACAUGACAGUAACUCACCCGUGGUUGCAACUGAUGACAGGAGUAACGAGCGAGAUGACAGGCAGCUGACUGAAAUCACAGCAUUACAGAGUGAUAAUAUACCUAAUGAGUGCAGCAUUGCUGUUACUGUCUAUAUUUCCUUACACAUAAUUACCAGCUGGUCUCUUAUUAUGCAGGGACAGGUUACCACUGGCCUAAUCCUUCCGCCAAAGGCUGUGGACAGCAGACUACACAACUGAUUUCUGGAGCCUGAUUUUUUCCUGUUCAAAGCCAGUCAGAUAUUUUCACUUAAUAAUUGGCUGCAUCUCAGCAGUGGUCUUAUCUUCUGCUUUGCAAUAUGUAGGCUUCAUUUUUUUGCUGUAGGUUGUAAAAGGGUGGAAGCAGUGAAAGAUAACAUAGCUGCAUUUUGAAUGACAUCCAAGGUCCUAACUUCUUAUUUCAGACUCAACUGCACAUACACAUAUAGAGUGCCAGCUAGGCCUUUGCCCUCGGUCAGCAUAAACUUCACUUUGGUCAGAUGGAUCCAUGCGCCUGUGUCUAGAGUAAUGAGUAGCAGGUGAGUGGCAACCUAGCAUAGUCCUCCUCACCUCCCUAAUCCAAGGCAAACCAAGGUAAACAGCCUAGAUAUUCAGCUGUUCUUCCCACUCAGCCCGGCCAUCAGCACAGCUCUAUAUUUACCAGCUUCCUGGGUUACACAAGACCACCGAGGGGCGUUCACAGACCUCAAGCCCGUGUCUGUCCCCUGGCUAAGCUAGGCUCUCUGUCCCUGCCAUAGUAAACACACGAAGCACAUGGUGCAUGGCUAACCACUGUGGGAACAAACAAGGGGAGGGUCAAAGGCAGGGGCGUUUGCAGCCUCCAGAAAUAUUCUCGGAAAUUGGAAUGUACACAGCAGUCUCAUGGCAAGCUCCUAAUACCUCCUAAUGAACCUUUCUCUUUACCCACGCCUGUCGGCCAUUGCCUUUAUAUCUUGAGAACGACACCUGCGGGAGAUGUUUUUGGCCUUAAUGCUGAUGAACCGUGACUGAUUCUGUCCAGACACAUUGGAAUGUGAGUGAUAAGAACGGACUGAGUUGAGAAUGGCCUGUUCAUCACUUGAGAUCUUUCCAUUCAAGGAUCAGGAGCUUCCAGCCCACCUGCUGUGCCAGCUGAACCUUCUCAGACUGGAGCGUAUCUUCACUGACGUGCUCCUGUGCACAGAGGACAAAGAGAUUCCCUGUCAUAGGAACGUCCUGGUGUCCAGCAGCCCGUACUUCCGUGCCAUGUUCUGCAGUAAUUUCCGUGAGAGCAGCCAGGCCCGGGUGGACCUAAAGGGCAUCAGCUCUGAGGUGCUAGCAGGGAUUGUGGACUACAUCUACACAGGAAGCAUCACCAUAACAAUGGAGCUGGUGCUGCCUCUGAUGCAGGCUGCAUCUAUGCUGCAGUAUGUGAGGCUCUUUGAGGCUUGCUCAGCCUUUCUGCAGGAGCAGCUGAACCCAGACAACUGCCUGAGCAUGAUUCGCUUGUCAGAGAUCCUGCACUGCGAUAGUUUGAGGGACAGGGCCAAGGAGAUGGCCGUGCGUUGCUUUUCAGAUGUAGCUGCCUCUGAGGACUUCUGUGAGCUUUCCCUGCCCGAGCUUAUGUGUUAUCUGGAGGAUGACAGGCUGUGUGCAGAGGAAGAGCAAGUGUUUGAGACUCUUCUGGCCUGGAUCCACCAUGACCCCUUUUCUCGACGAGGUGCCAUUCAUGACCUCUUCAAGAAGGUGCGCUUGCGUUACAUCCACCCUACAUAUCUCUUCCAGUUCAUCGCCAAUGACCCACUAGUCCAGUCCUCCACACUCUGCACUGAGAUCAUUGAGUCCGUGCGGCGUCUAAUGUUUUCGGUUAGUGCAAAAUGUACCCGUGAACUCAAGCCCCUGUGGACUACGCCUCGCCGCUAUACCUGCCGAGAGACUUUAGUGGUGGUCGGGGGCCGCAAGAACAACGAGCAGACUUCCAGAGAGGCGCUGCUCUAUGAUGAACGCACCCAACGCUGGCAGUGGCUGGCCAAGCUGCCCUUACGUCUGUACAAGGCCGCUUAUGUCUGCAUACACAGCAUUCUGUAUGUGGUCGGAGGCCUCAGUCUCAGCCUGGCAUCUGGAGACAGUGCAGUAAGCGCAACUGUCUAUACUCUGUCAUUGAAGACUAACCAGUGGAGGACGGCUGAGCCCAUGCUGGAGCCACGUUACGCCCAUCAGAGCGUGUCCUACCUGCACUUCAUCUUUGUUCUGGGAGGUAUAGGAGCCAAUAAACAGAUAUCGAACACAGUGGAGCGCUACAAUAGCAUGUUCAACCAGUGGGAGGCAAUGGCCCCUAUGCCCACAGCAGUCCUACACCCUGCAGUGGCUGCCAAUGACCAGAGGAUUUAUGUAUUUGGAGGGGAGGAUUCCAUGCAGAAUCCAGUGAGAUUAAUACAGGUUUAUCACAUCUCACGAAAUCAGUGGUCUAGACUGGAGACAAGGACAGUGAAGAAUGUCUGUGCACCUGCUGCUGUCAUAGAAGACAAGAUUUACAUAAUUGGAGGGUACACAAGAAGAGUGAUCGCCUAUGACACCAAAGCCAACAAGUUUGUGAAAUGUGAGAACAUGAGGGAGAGGAGGAUGCACCACUCAGCUACUGUCAUCAACAACAAGGUCUACGUGACUGGGGGCCGCUUUCUCAACAGCCACGACAUCAUAGAAGACUCUGACUGCUUUGAGUGUUAUGACCCUAAAGCGGACGUAUGGACAUCCAAAGGUUCUUUGCCGUACAAGCUGUUUGACCAUGGCUCACUGGCCCUCAUCUGUGUCUCCAACCGGCCAAACCCACCAUGACUGAUGAGAGGGGAGACUAGUUAAUUCCCUUGCACACACACAAAAAAAAAUCAAAUGAAGUGUCACAGUUGAAACUGGAAAACCAUUUGAGAAGGUUUGCAUCCCCUCGGAGGUCCAGUUUCAUCUCAGCUGUGGCUUUGAUGGUAUGCUACUGAUGCUCAGAGCAUCUGUAGGGUCUUAAAUCAAAGGAGAUUUGAGCUGAUGAGUGGCUAUGUCACAGUGUAAUGUCCCGGGAGUGCGCUCAGGAGUACACACUUGCACAACACACAGCUGUCCCUGCACAACUAUGACCCGAAAACCUUCACUGAGCAGUGUGUCUCAUUCGAGCACUUUCCAUCACCAUCUUCUCCUCUCAAAUGGCUUAAAUUACAAUGAACAGAUAUUUGAGAUAAGGGUGGGUCAUAUGGUAAAAUUAUAACAUCAUGAUACUUGAAGGCAUAUGCAAUACACAAUAUGUAUGACAAUAUUCUUGGUAAACCAUUUCGGAAUAGACAUGCACUAGCAAUACAGUUAUGCUAUGAAAAACCUAGUUUGAGGAUUUAUUUGUUGUUUGCAAAAAUAAACUAUUUAAAGUCAUCUAUUCAACUAUGUAUCUGCUACCUGGCUAACACUUUAUUUGAACCCCACUACAAAACACAAAUAUUAACUGUGGUGUAAAUAUAUCAUGGCAGAUGUCAUUAGCUGCCCUGAGUUGUCAUGACAGAUUUGUUCAGAAAUAAAACAGUGUCAUGUUACCUUCACUGGUAAUUGUCAUGACAGAUGUCAUAGUGUAAUGACAGCUUAUGCUAAUUAUUGUGUUCAUUUAGCCAUCAUGACAUCAAACAUUGUGGCAUCACAUGUUUAUAACAUGGUUAUAUUAAUGUUAAGUAGCAGAGUUCAAGUAAAGUGUUAUUGCUACUUGUUCUUGUGCAGUUCGUGCAGUUAGUUUACACUGAUUCUAUUGUUUACAGGCUCUAUAAUUGGUCUACUACUUGCCCUUGAUCAGUGGUGUAAAAGUACUGAUGACACCCAUGAUAUACUGAGAAAAGCGUAUCACGAUAAAACUUACCACAGUAUCAAACCUGUUCAAAAGUUCAAAAGAAUCACUUGCCAUUUAAGUCAUUUUUGUUAUUUAUUUUAUAAAGUAAGAACUUUUACAACAAACUAUUCAUAGCUAGGCUUCCCAAAAGCAUCUUAGCACUAAGAUGAUUCUUAAAUGGUGGAGCGAGUAUUUCAGUGAACACUCUCUCUACUAGUUCAGAUGAUCUAAACACCAAGAUGCUUUUGGGAAACUGGGCCCACAAAGGGGAUUUUAUCUUUGUGCAUUCAGUAUUCAUUAGUAUUCUGUGAACAAGUAGUGAAUAAAACGGCAAAGACAAAAAUGUAGUGUUAUAUUUUAUUAUUUGAUAUAAUUAUUAUACUCUUUACAUUAUUUUUGUUAACUUAUGUGUCUUGAGAUUUGACCUUCACUAUGAUGACUUAGUUGCCUUUUUUAAAACUUAAUUCUAUGAUCUAGAGCUUUCUAAGUCAUUCUAGAACCUUUUAGAACCUCCACUCAUCAUUUUGGACACAUCUUUCCAGCGUCCUACUAGUUAUUGAUUUGAUUAGCUGUAUAUUAGAACAGAAGUAAAUAGAUAACAUUCUUCUACAAUAUGCUGGUGCACCAUGGUCCCACAGCGUAGUUCAUUUAAAUUUUCUUUUUAUGAGGACACAUUCCUUAAAAGCAAAAAAGGAAAAUUUAGUGGCUAAACUACUAAAGCUGCUGUGGAGCUCCCAGAAAAGAUGACUGCUAAAAGAACAGAAAUGGCUGCUGUGCUACACUUUGUAUUUGCAUGUAUUCUGUUGACUGCAAAGCCUUAUACUGUUUACUUGACAAGAAGACCAUUUCUUCUGCUCCAUCUGAAACAGAUGGAGGCCUGGAAAUGGUGAAGUUCAACAAAACUGAAAGCUGUUGCUCUGCGAAGAUGACUUGAAAUCUUUUAGUGCUGCUUUUGAUGAUGUGUUUACUGCAUGACUGGUGGAAGGAGACUGAACCCCAUGAUGGUCAAAAACAUAGAUGUUUUUGUUGUACCACUGCAGUCUGAGAAUUCCCAUUGGUAAAUGUGGCUCUGAUAAGUUGUCCACUUAUCAUACAUUUGUCUGUACUCUGUCUCUGUGUGUGGGCAUUUUUAUGCCCCAUAGAACAAAAUGUACUAUUUAGAGCUUCUUUACUAGUCAUAACAUUUUCAAGAACCUUUUUUUCAAUGCCGUGACCUAAAACCAGACAUGUUGUCGUCUGCAGGCUCCUCAACUUACAGACUAUCUGUUUCUACAACCUUUUCAGUUCUGCUGUUGAGGAGAAGUGUUUGCUGCAUGUCUGGUGAAGGGAGGCUUCACCACUCAAGGCCUGAAACUGCUUGAAAUGUUUCUAGUGUUACAAUGAAGAGAAAUCAUACUGGUGAAUGUCUUUUUGCCCAUUCUUUAUAUUUAUGUUUUUAUUUGUUCAGUUU